AUGGAGGUGCAGAAGACAGAGGAAGAAGGGCGACCUGGAGAGCCUCCCUUGGACCUGGGCAGCAUCCCUUGGCUGGGCCAUGCCUUGGAGUUUGGGAGAGAUGCUGCCAGCUUCCUUACCAGGAUGAAGGAGAAGCAUGGCGACAUAUUUACUGUGCUGGUGGGAGGCAGGUAUGUCACUGUCCUCCUGGACCCACACUCCUAUGACACGGUGGUCUGGGAGCAGCGCACACGGCUGGACUUCCACCCCUAUGCCAUCUUCCUCAUGGAGAGAAUUUUUGAUCUGCAGCUUCCAAAUUUCAACCCCAGCGAGGAGAAGGCCAGGAUGAAGCCCAUGCUGAUGCACAGAGACCUGCAGGCGCUCACGGAAGCCAUGUACACCAACCUCCGCACAGUCCUGCUGGGUGACUCCACAGAGGCAGCCAGUGGCUGGCACGAGACAGGCCUCCUCGAUUUCGCCUACAGCUCCCUGCUCAGAGCCGGCUACCUGACCCUGUAUGGAGUGGAGGCCUUGCCACGCACCAAUGAAAGCCAAGCCCAGGACCGUGUCCACUCAGCUGAUGUCUUCCACACAUUCCGCCAGCUGGAUCUGUUGCUCCCCAAACUGGCUCGAGGCUCCUUGUCAGUGGGGGACAAAGACCACGCCUGCAGUGUCAAAGGCCGCCUGUGGAAGCUGCUGUCCCCAGCCCAGCUGGCCACCAGGGCUGACCGGAGCAGCUGGCUGCAGAGUUACAUGAGGCACCUGGAGGAGAUGGGGGUGUCGGAGGAAAUGCAGGCCCGGGCAGUGGUGCUGCAGCUCUGGGCCACACAGGGGAAUAUGGGUCCCACGGCCUUCUGGCUCCUCCUCUUCCUCCUCAAGAAUCCUGAGGCCCUGGAGGCUGUCCACGAAGAACUGAAGCGUGUUGUCUGGCAAGCAGAGCAGCCUGUUUCACAGAUGCCCACCCUCCCACAGAAGGUUCUCGACAGCAUGCCUGUGCUAGACAGCGCCCUAAAUGAGACUCUCCGGCUCACCGCUGCCCCCUUCAUCACUCGCGAGGUCAUGGCAGACCUGGCUUUGCCUAUGGCUGACGGGAGGGAAUUCUCUCUUCGACGUGGUGACCGCCUCCUCCUCUUUCCUUUCCUGAGUCCCCAAAAGGACCCAGAAAUCUACACAGAGCCUGAGGUGUUUAAAUACAACCGAUUCUUGAACCCAGAUGGGUCAGAGAAGAAAGACUUUUACAAAGAUGGGAAACGGCUGAAGAAUUACAACAUGCCAUGGGGAGCAGGGUACAAUCAGUGCCUGGGGAAGAGCUAUGCCAUCAACAGUAUCAAACAAUUUGUGGUCCUCCUACUGACUCACUUCGACCUGCAGCUGGGCAGCGAGGACACAGAGGUCCCUGAGUUUGACCUCAGCAGAUAUGGCUUCGGUCUGAUGCAGCCCGAGGAGGACGUGCCCAUCCGGUACCGUGUCAGGCUGUGACCCGUGGAGCAGACACGACAUUCACCUGGGGUCUCCUGACUUCCCGUGCCUUCCUCACUGGCUCCCUGUUGUUCUAGAAUGCUGUGUCUAGAGGAGGGGCCAUAGAGGACAUGGAGAGCAGGAAAAGCUCUGUAUCCCGCUGUGAAGACUUGCUUCCAAAUCAGGCUGCCCGUGCUCCAGGUUACCCUAUGCCUCCUGUCCUGUGGUGCCAGCAGUCCCCACCACCAUGCCCCCGACUUCUAGAGCAGUCACUGUCCCUACCUUUAACAGCCGGUGUAGUCCAGGCCCUGGCCAGCAUGGCAGAUGUGGGUCAUGGAGGCCCUGGAAGGAUUCGUCAAUGUGUUUUAAGUUCUGUCCCCAGAUUAUUAAAGAAACAUGGCCUUCCCUUUCUUCACAUGAA